AUGUGGUUGCUGGUUCUGUUCAAGACAGAAGAGAGAGAAACAACGAGAACGACAGGAAGAGAGAGAACAAGGCAUAGACCCAAAAUUACGUUCGAAAAAUUCAAGUUCCAAAACCUAAUCGAUCCAAAUCACCGACUUACAAAACCCUAACAACAAUUCAUCACACCGCUGUUUUCCCCCAUUUCUAUCCAACCCUAACCGUUUGAGUAAGUGAUACAUUCAAUUGUAGAAAUCUGGAGCUCACAAUGUCGCCUGCAUCUAAGUCAAAGUCAAAGGACAAAAGGGCUGCUGGCAAGGACCCACAGAAGUUGUUAACUAAACCGACAUCCAAUGCUAAUACUGGUGUUCCCGCUAGUGGUUACAAUCCACUUUUGGGGACUUUUCAUACACUCGAUACCACACCCGUGUCUACCGCUCCAUCUAUUCACAUAAACGGACGUUCUCGUAAUUUUGACGAUUUAGACGAUCAUAACGGAAAUUCUGUUGCGGGGGUUGAAUAUGAUACAUUGUCCAACAACGGUAGUUGGUCAGGUGAAUCUGAAGACCACAAAGACAAAAUUUCUCAGUUAUCCACCCGCCAUGACACAAUUCCGGGGGUGGAUAACGAUAAACGUGAAAAAAUUCGUCAAAAAAACGAGAAAAAACAUCAACGCCAAAAAGAAAGACGAGCGCAAGAACUCCAUGAAAGAUGUAGCGGUUAUUUAAUGUCGAGAAAACUAGAAUCGCUCGCUCAACAGCUAGUGGCGAUGGGAUUUUCGUCAGAACGUGCAACAAUGGCUCUUAUAUUGAAUGAUGGUAGAGUUGAACAGUCAGUUGCAUGGUUGUUAGAAGCCGGUGAAGAUUCAAACAACCACCACGAGCAUAAUAACAGUUACGGUGGCGGUAAUUUGAAAAUCGAUAUAUCAGAAGAGCUUGCUCAGAUUACCGAAAUGGAACUAAAGUUUAAAUGCUCAAAACAAGAGGUUGAACGUGCUAUUGUUGCUUGUGAAGGCGAUCUUGAUCAGGCGGCAGAAACCUUAAAAGUUCAGAAACAGGAACAACCUCCUGCGGCCCCGCCAAAGGUUGAAGAAACCAGUGUUUGUUCGACUCCUGUUAACAGUAAGCUUUCGUUGACCUCGAGACCGGUAUCAAAAGCUAUACCUAUACAACAGAAACCAGACGAGAAAGAUUUUAAUUACAACUACACAAAAUCGUCUGUUGGACCCACACCAACAGACGUCGGGAUGAAAAACGUUCAAUUGCUGAAGAAAAUACCAUCGAUUUCGUCAGUUAGUACUCCAUCCGUAGAGAAGAGGUGGCCCCCGGUGGUAGGUGGGUCGAACGCUAACGCAAACUCGUCGGUCUCUUACUCUUUAACUUCACCAUUGCAGGCGGCACCACCGCCUGCUAAAAUCGAGCCCCGAUACGCGAAUCCCGGGACUGAAUUAAGGAACCUUCAGUUAGGGUCGGUUCGGGAACCAGUUAUCGUGAUGCAGCGGCCCAAAUCGAAGAACGUUACAUCGAGUGUAAGCUCGUCAUCGUCUGCAUCUGUUUCUGAUUGGCAUCCAAAUGUUGUUGAGCCAGUAAUGAAUAUGAGUUCAAACGGGUUUUCACAUGUGCCCUCUACUACAAGAAGCUUUAACGGUUCAAGCUUCGGGAGUACGGUCAACAAUUCCCAGUCGUAUGACCCGUUCCAUUAUCAGCAGCAUCAGCAGCAGCAACAGCAUCAGCCGCUUCCUCAGCAGCAUUAUCCGUCAAGCAGUGGCUCGUUUGACCAUUUUAGUCAACAGGGUGGUUCUAUGAAUCAUUACAACAACGGUGGUAUGUGGAACAGAACGGUUGGUACCAACAGCACUCCUACCUUAGCAGCGGCUUCUUCUCUCGGGCUUUUCUCCGGAUUGGGCUCAAACGGAUUGUCCGGCCCAUCAUCUCCUGUAGACUGGAACGCGUGUGACUCGUUGCAGUUUGAUUACACUAACAUCGACUGGAGUCUAGACCGGAUUCAUCUUCCACCUAGUAGUCCAUCAAGGCACAAUGGUAUGUGGAUGGGUUCAGGACGUGGUGGUGGUAAGACCGCUACAAGACCGCCAGUGGGUAUGCUAUCGAACGGGAAUAACAGACUUUCGAUGGGUUUGCGUUCAGAUGGGGUAGGUGCGGUGGGCCCUGAAGCAUCUGCAGGUGGUUCUCGUGAAUGGACUUCGGCUUUUGAAGAGAAAGAGUUGUUCAGUUUCCCCAGACAGUUUGUUUCUUCACCUUCUCUUUAAAGAAGGAAAAAAAAUCAUGAUGAACAGAUAAAUAAAAUUACAGGGGGUGAAAAAACAAUAAGAAAACAGAACAGUAAAACAUGUGUUGGGAUUUAAUGUUUUUCUUGGUUUUUUCAAUCAUGCCUGCUUCCUUUGCUU